CUCUUUCUGGCUUUAUCGUACUGCGCAGGCGCUCUGAGUGAACCAAGAUGGCGGCUCCCGUGGAUCUGGAGUUGAAGAAGGCCUUCACAGAGCUUCAAGCCAAAGUUAUUGACACUCAACAGAAGGUGAAGCUUGCAGACAUACAGAUUGAACAGCUAAACAGAACGAAAAAGCAUGCACAUCUUACAGAUACAGAGAUCAUGACUUUGGUAGAUGAGACUCACAUGUAUGAAGGUGUAGGAAGAAUGUUUAUUCUUCAGUCCAAGGAGGUAAUUCACAAUCAACUGUUAGAGAAACAGAAAAUAGCAGAAGAAAAAAUUAAAGAAUUAGAACAGAAGAAAUCCUAUCUGGAGCGGAGUGUGAAGGAAGCGGAGGACAACAUCCGGGAGAUGCUGAUGGCACGAAGGGCACAGUAGGAAAUCUCUAGCAGAAGCUUCCUGCUCCCUCCCAUUCCUGGCAAGGGCAGAGGGGCCCAUGUGGGGAAAGCAUCCUCUCUUCUGCCCUGAUGGACUUUUUAUUUGGAUGAUCUGGUAACCCUAUGUUUUCUACUUCACCCUGAUCCCUUUUCAGAUCCCAACUCUUGGAUUUUUUAUCCUGGCUCUGUCUGCUACCCCUGCCCAGAACACUCUUUUCCCCUGGGGGUGAGUCACCAACUCCCAGGAGAGGGAAGCUGGGAGCCAGGACAGAGGGGAGCUCUGCCCAAGCCUAUCACUAGUUAUGCUGCUUAGACCAAUAAAAGGCGUCUGUUCCCCCA